GUUUAUUAUAGUCGACACCGCUGCUUUUGAUUUAUCAAAUCAAGAUUAAAUUUAGUUCCUUUAGAAGCAAAUUCAACUUCCAUGUAUUUAGAUUGAACCACUCACAUCAUGUAUUGACUUAUUUGUUUGAACUUAUACUAUUCUAUAGCAUGAUAUAUUGUAAUAUCUAUUUAAAUUACUGUUAAGUUUGUUUACAUGCAUUUGAACCUAGAUCUUGAUUGACUAUAAAAAGGUUACUGAUGAGAAAAUUUCGUAUGUCUUAUAAUUGCUCAUACCAAUUUGAACGUAAUUAUUGUUAAUUUAUGGUUGCCACAUCCAGUAAACUUGUGAGCUGUGAAGUUUAUGGUGUGAGUAUCUUUGGUUUCCCUAAUGGCACAAGAUACUGCUUCUGGUGCUGAAUCGCCACAGCCGCGUCAAGGUCUAUUACGAGAUCAGGUUCAACUAGUUAAAAGAAAGGAUUCUGAUCGCUAUGAGAUUGUUCCAAUCCAAGAUCCUUUGUCGUUUGAGAAAGGAUUUUUCAUAGUUAUUCGUGCAUGCCAGUUGUUGGCUCAAAAAAACGAUGGAAUCAUAUUAGUAGGAGUUGCAGGUCCCUCUGGAGCUGGGAAAACUGUUUUCACUGAUAAAGUCCUCAGUUUUAUGCCAAGCAUAGCUGUCAUAACCAUGGACAAUUAUAAUGAUUCUAGUCGAAUCAUAGACGGAAACUUUGAUGACCCUCGAUUGACGGAUUAUGAUACCUUGCUAAAAAAUAUACAUGGUCUUAAAUCAGGGAAGCCUGUUCAGGUUCCAAUAUAUGAUUUCAAGUCUAGUUCUCGCAUCGGAUACAGGACUCUUGAAGUCCCUAGCUCCCGUAUUGUAAUCAUUGAAGGCAUCUAUGCCUUAAGUGAAAAAUUACGACCUUUGCUUGAUCUUCGUGUUUCUGUCACUGGUGGAGUUCAUUUUGACCUUGUCAAGCGUGUUUUGCGGGACAUUCAACGAGCUGGUCAAGAGCCAGAAGAAAUAAUUCAUCAAAUCUCUGAAACGGUAUAUCCCAUGUAUAAAGCUUUUAUAGAGCCAGAUCUCCAAACAGCACAUAUAAAAAUUAUUAACAAGUUUAAUCCAUUCACUGGAUUCCAGAAUCCCACCUACAUAUUGAAGUCAGCAAAAACUGUGACAGUGGAUCAAAUCAAGGCAGUUAUUUCUGCAGAGCAUACUGAAACCGAAGAGGAAACAUACGAUAUAUAUCUUCUACCCCCUGGAGAAGACCCUGAAGCAUGUCAAUCAUAUUUGAGGAUGAGAAACCGGGAUGGAAAGUACAAUCUUAUGUUUGAGGAAUGGGUUACGGAUAGUCCGUUCAUUAUAUCACCUAGAAUUACUUUUGAGGUCAGUGUGCGUCUGCUUGGAGGGCUGAUGGCAUUGGGGUAUACAAUUGCAGCAAUCCUGAAAAGAAGCAGCCAUGUAUUUCACGAUGAUAAAGUGUCGAUAAAAACUGAUUGGCUAGAACAACUUAAUCGCCUAUAUGUCCAGGUGCAAGGGAAAGAUAGGAAUUAUGUUAAAUUUGUAGCAGAGAAACUGGAUUUGGAUGGUUCCUAUGUACCUCGCACUUACAUUGAACAAAUUCAGCUAGAAAAGCUUGUAAAUGAUGUGAUGGCACUGCCGGAUGAUCUGAAGACAAAACUGAGCAUAGAUGAUGAUUCAGUUUCAAGCCCCAAAGAAGCACUUUCCAGAGCUUCAGCAGAUAGGAGAAUGAAGUAUCUUAAUCGAGGUAUUUCACAGUCAUAUUCAAAUCAAAGGGACAAGAUUCUACCUAAGUUGACUAAACUUGCUAUAAAUAACAGAGGAUUCGACGGGAGAGCUCUAGAAUCACCUGCUCCGAUUGCCAACCAAGGAGUUAUCACUCAACUGUCUGAUCAAAUUUCCACACUAAAUGAAAGAAUGGACGAGUUCACCUCCCGUAUUGAAGAGCUGAAUUCAAAGUUUGAUCCUAAAAGAGUUUCAGCCAGCCAACAAAACCUGGCUUUACAGGCUGAGACCUGCAAUGGCUCUGGCCCCACUUCUCUCUUUGUUACUGGAUUAGGCAAUGGUUCGUUGACUGGAUCAUUGCUACCUAAUUCUACUUCAUCCUCUCAACUGGUUAGAGAGUCUCCCCUAAUGGAAGAGGUAUUACUUGUUGCCCGAGGACAACGUCAAAUCAUGCAUCAACUAGACACUCUAAGCAAUCUUAUGCAAGAAUACUUUGGAGAAAGGUCACGGCUGGGAAAAACAGACCAGGCAAGCAGAAUGCGCGAAGUUGAAUCUCUUGCCGUCCCCCUUGUUCUGACUUUGGCCAUUGGUGCUGUUAGUUUGUUCUUGUUCAAGGGUUUGACAUCUAAAAAAUAAUUUGUCUUUUUAAUUUCUUGUCAUCACCAUUUAUGUGAGAAGCCUCAUCAGUAUAGCUAAAAGGUUUAAGUAAUCAAUUACCAUUCUUCUUAACAAAAAGUAGUAGUGGACCACCUUAGGGUAUUGUGGUAGUAUAUAUUGCAUUCACCCAAAGAUGUAAUAAAUUAGUAAUAAGUUUCACCGGGCUUGCACCUUUACUCUUUACUCAGCAUACAAGCUUCUUUAUACUUGUGACCACUAAUAAUCCAUCCACGUGAUGAAAUAUUCACACAUAAUUUUUUAUUCUCAGGAUUUCUUCGGUUGACAAUUGAUAAUUCAAUUUAUGACCGUAGAUGAUUAUGUCAUCUUU